AUGGCAUUCCCGAGCUACCGGUGCGAUAUAUCACUGUCUAUGUUCACCCCAAUUAACACAUUCCUAGAUGAGUUCUCAUAUAAUGAGUUAACUAAUCGGAUAAUUUCGCCGGAAAUAAACAACUCGACCGACGAGAAGAUAAUCCUCGACUUGGAUGACGGCACCGAAGAGGCGCUGGACGAGGCAGCGGAGGCCGAUCUGGUGGACUUGGCCGGCAUACUGGGCCUGCACUCGAUGCUCAACCAGGACCAGUUCCACUCGUCCAUAAUCAAUAAGGGUCAACGCAUGGGAGGGGAUAAGUUUGAGUCGAUCGUGAAGGCGCCGGUACCAAAAAAGUUGCCGUUCGAGCCGGAUAAUAUGACCGACCCCGAGCACACGGCCAGGCAAGUGAUCGCCAACGAUCCCAACCUAACGGAGCUGAACUGGAAUAACAUUAAGUUCAUACCGCGCGAGACAUUCAAGAAAAUGUUUGAAGGCUUGAAAAGUAACACACAUUUGCAGGCCAUUCACUUGUCCAACACCGGGCUCACCGACGGACCCGCAGAGAAACUGGUGGAGGCGCUCAAAGAGAACACGACGUUGCGUACGAUAAGCCUGGAGUCGAACUACCUGUCCGGCCCUAUGCUGCGGACACUGAUCCAGUCACUGCUGGUUAAGCAACGGGUGCUGGAGUUCCGGGCGUGUAAUCAGAGGCCCAUAAUUAUGGGCAACAGAAUCGAGAUGGAGAUCGCGAAGGCUGUCGAGCAGAAUAAGACGUUACUCCGUCUGGGC